ACACUGACGAGCGAAGGAAGCUGUGUGUGGAGGACAGGAAGGACAUUUUUGUCGGAGUGGACUACUUUCAGGAAUGCCCCAGAAUUUUUCUUGAAAAUACGUCCACUCUAUCUCUUCCUCUCAUGCGCAACACACCGUUUCUUUCGCGUAGUCCAUAAGCGUCUGGUUUCCUCUUCCUGCCACAGUUCGAUAUCUGCUGUUUUCGUGUGAGAGUUGUCUCUGGACUAGCUUGGCUAUCGCAUGCAGCAAUCUGUGUUUUCUUCGAAAAGCUAUUGUUUCUGCACUGCUGCCAAUUUAUAUGUUCUAACAACGUACAAUGGACAGCUGCACUCUCGAUAUCUCCAAUCAAGGAUGGUUCACCACUGCUCUGGUUCUUCAGCUGAUCACAUGUGUCUUGGGGGUGAUAGGAAGCAGCCUGAGCCUGUGGUGUCUCCUGACGUGCAACCGCAUCCAGACGGGAAUGAAGAUCCAGCUGGGUCUGUUCUUCGCCGUCCUCCUGUUGCUUUGUCUAGUGGCCAUUCCUGGGGCGGUUGUGAUCGAAUAUCAGUCGUGGAUGUGCUAUAGAGAGGCAAUGGCAACCACCCUUGAGAAAGCCUUCGUCGGACUCUACACGAUCGCAGUCGCUCUCGAAAGGAACAUCUUCGCGGGGAUUGCAGUUUAUAGACUUGUGGCCGUAUGUUUUCCUCAGAAGUACAAGGUUCUGACGAGGUGGCCGGUGGUGACUACAGUGGAGACUCUUAUUUGCGCAGGCGUCUUGGCGCUGUGGAUACCAGUCUUCGUACGCCAGAAGAACGUCCAGGCUGUGGAACUGAACAACCCGAGCACCUACAGCAUGGGUCUCGAGCUUUACUAUGUGGUCUUCUUGCUCCCCAUCUUCGUCUGUGUGUUUGCCUACGCCCUUUUGAUCAUCGUGAUGAUAAAGCGAAGGCACAAGGCGAAGGAAAGCAGUGGACUGAGGCCGAGCUGCAACGACCAGGUUAGCGUCGCGGUAGGAGCGCUCAUCCUGACCAACCUGCUGCUGGAUGGGCCUCACAUCAUCGUGCACAUCCUGAAAAUCUCUUCGAAGGACCUCGCCUUCAUCCUCAUCCACGUGGUUUACCGACUACACGCUGCGCUCGACUCGUUCAUCUUCAUCGGCCUCAACUCGUACUACCGGCGGAAGGUCCUGCGCCGCGCUCUGACCUGCUGCCCCGUCUGCGCCAACCUCGCCGGCAGCACCUUGGCAACCGAGUCCAGCAGCCGACGUACGGAAAGCGUCGGCCAAAAGGUCCAUCCGUCCUGCUCCACACAGGUCUAGGCAGCAGGCAGUGCCACUCGUUCAGAUUCCCCAGCAUGGGCUCAGUGCACCCGGUCUGGUUGUUUCAUUAUUAUCAUUUGUACAAUAUAUUCGCAUUCAUUUUA